AUGGCUGCGUAUUACGCAUCAUGGAUCGUUCUCACAUCAGGCAAGAUUUAUACUUUGGGAACCGACGAUAAAUGUGGUGCGCGCGGUUUGGGCAUCAACAGUGGUCAGGACUCUGGCAGCCACCAUCCCGACCCAGAGCCGAUCACGUCGUCGUUGCCAUCGGGAAGCUCCGCCGUGGAGCUCGGUGGCGAUGUCAACUCGCCUUACGCUGUCCUGAUGACCUCUGGCGAAAUCUAUGUCUGGGGCUGGUGGUCUGUGCAGGAGCAGUCCUGCCUGCUGCGCGGCAGUGCGUGGACAGGCACGCCGACGCCGCGAUUGGUGGACCAGUUCACGGCUUUGCUUCCGCAGGCGUCAACGCCCAGCGCGGGCGGCGCCGGCGCCGGGGCCUCGGCCGUCGGCGACCCCCACCUGCAGAACAUUCAUGGCGAGCGGUUCGACCUGAUGAAGGCGGGCAAUCACGUUCUGGUAAACAUCCCUCGUGGAGCGGCUGCUGACAGCGCCCUGCUUCGCGUGCAGGCCGAUGCGCGCCGCGUGGGUGGACAAUGCGCGGACAUGUACUUCCAAAAGCUCAAUGUAACCGGAUCUUGGGCAGAGGCCAAACAAGCUGGAGGGUGUCAUUACAGCGUAUCAGAGCGUGACACCAAGGCUCCGAAAUGGGUUGCUUUCGGGAAGGUCGAGCUGAAAGUCGUGCAUGGACGUACGGACAGCGGCUUCCUGUACCUGAACUUGUACGUGAAGCACCUGGGGCGAGCUGGAUUCGCAGUCGGAGGGCUACUGGGUGAGGACGACCACGAGGACGUGAGCGCUGCGCCGGAGUCGUGCGCGCAGCGCUUGGCCCUCGUCGCGGGAACGCACCGCGACGAGGGCCAGGCGCUUUCGUUCGCAGUAGCAAGCCUCGCUUGA